CGAGAACAUGUGAAUUGUACCUUCCCAUCCAGUGUAGAACUAUUUCACCACUCCGCCCAGAAUGCCUAUUGGAAAAAUUCCCCAAUCGUCGUACUACGACAAGUACAACCGGCCCACCGCCGCCCUCUACCGUGCUCGUCAACCGUACAUUGUCAAGAAUGCCCUGACUGGCCUGGCUAUCUUUGGCUUUGCCAUUGGUGUUUACUCCUUCACCAUUCGCGCCGUCGCCCAGGAUGAAUUCGAAGAUGUCGUUGUCCCUGAUGCGCCCGCCACUCCUGCUCACGCCCCUCACACUAGCAAUGUGAGGCAGGUUGCUUCCAAGUAGAGACACUCCCAAGAACGUCUAAUAUCUGUAUCACCACAUGUACAUUCAAUCCGGCAUGGUCGGGGCGCACCGGCGUUAUGGGAAGCUUGUCUUGAAAGACAGCAGCACUUUUGUUCACACGAGCCACGAAUCAAAAAGAGUUACAAAGGAAAACAUGAAUUCGCUAUUGGCGUGGUAUAUCUACAUCAACACAGUCUGGGCGCCAGUGGGAAGGUCGCCCUUGAAAGGGUGCUCGCUGGGCACAGCGUUGUCCUUGAUCUGUUGGAGCUUCUUGGCGUUGGCCUCGUAGGAUUCCUUCUCGAACUUUGCGAUGACCUGUGACAUGUCGGCGUAGUGGCCGGCGGGCACGUUGUGAGGCGCUCCAGUGUUGAGAAUC